AUGAAGAUUAGCCAGCUAUACACAUAUCCAGUCAAGUCCCUAAGGGAAACGCCCAUAAGCGAGGCUGAGGUAUCGAGGCAUGGCUUCCUCUACGAUAGACGAUUCAUGCUCCUCAAGGUCCAUACAGAUGAUUCACCCUCUGGAUGUCGGCUGAAAAACAUGCACGUUGCUGACUUCCCUGCCCUUACCCGAUUCUUGACCAAUAUCAAAUUCCCGGAAGACGACGACGAUGUUGGCGAGCUGUAUAUCAACUGGAGCAAACCAGGAUCCGAUGAUGUGAAGUCGCUCACUGUCCCGCUUAGACCCGACACUUCUGGUCUGGAGCUCAUCGAAAUCACCAUGCACAGUAGUCCCACCAAGGCUUACGACAUGGGCAGCAAAUACAACGACUGGUUCUCCUCCUGUCUGGGCUACGAUGUCGUAUUUGCUUAUCUGGGCCCAUACCUCCGAAAAGUGUUGAUGUCCACAAGGCCGAUCCGCCAGCCAAAGUCGAAUGGCGGCUGGUUGUCUAGCAUAACGAGUACCAUUCUAGGUUCUGCAAAUGACGAAGAGCAGGUGACAUUUGCUGACGGUGCAGCUUACCUUGUGGUGUCCGAGACGUCAUUGCAGGAUGUCUCCUCUCGAUUACCGGAGGGGCAGGAAAUGGACAUCACCAAGUUCAGACCAAACAUCGUCGUCACUGAGGCAGAUAAGAUAUGGGAUGAAGACUUCUGGCAUGAGAUCCAAAUUGGCGACAUCAAGAUUACCCUGGCUCAAAACUGUGGUCGAUGUAAAAGCAUUAACAUCGACUAUGCAACGGGCGCUCCAGGAAAGGACCAGACGGGCAGGAUUUUGGCCAAGCUGCAAAAAGACCGUCGCAUCGAUAAGGGCGCCAAGUACAGUCCAGUAUUUGGAAGAUAUGGCUUCCUGGUAUCUGGAGGUGAAGGAAAGCGUAUUGCUGUAGGGGAUGAGGUCACGGUCACCAAGAGGGGCACCGAGUAUACAAAAUUCGACUGGCCUGGCGUGGCAAUUGAAGCGUAG